CUUAAUAAAUGAAGCCAUAAGCUGUUCCUUAAUCAGUAGCAUAAAGCGAUCAUGAAUUGGAUAAACAUCAUCAUGAAAGUUAAGCAGACGAACAUGGAGAUGAACAUCACUUUAAAGAAUAUUCAGCUAAAGAGCUAAGGAGUAUUAAAAUAUAGGGUAUCGUAUGUUUAUUGGGUGGUAUUGCACUUCAUUUUGUACUUGGUACAUUUUAUCUUUGGGGAGGCAUAAGUAAUUUAAAUACUUUAAUGUAUAGGUCCUUAUGUAGCUGCCUAUAUGAAAGAAAAUGAUCCAAAUGUUACACAAUCAACACUUUCGAUUGUGUUUCCAAUUUUAGGAAUUGCCACAAAUUCUGUUCUUUCAUUUGGAGUUAAGUUAGCUUAGAGAGUGGGAUUUAAAACUAUGAUUGCUGGAGCUGGAUUUUUAAUAUCACUUGCAUUUUUGAUACUGUCCUUCAUUAAUAAUAUUUAUGGAUUCAUCUUGAUAUAUUGUUUAAUGAUUGGAAUUCCAUCAGGAUUAGUUUAUAUGUUGCCAAUAAGUAAAUUUAUAUUUAUUAUCAAUUAGUUUGUGGAUGGAAAUAUUUUCCAUUUAAUAGAGGAAUGGUUUCUGGAUUGAUCAUUGCAGGUUAUGGAUUUGGAGCAUUUACAUUCAAUUUUGUUUGCAAAGCUAUAUGCAAUCCCAAUAAUGAGGAACCUGAAAUUGGUUUUGAAGAAAAUGGAAAAAUAAAGAAAUAUUUUUCAAAAGAUGUUUAUGAAAAUGUUCCUUUUAUGUUCUAGAUGUUAGCAUUGUAAUUAAUUAUUGAAUUAAUUUAGAUCAUAUUUCAUAUUAACUAUAAUUUCAGUUCUAUUAGUUAAAUAUCCAAGAGAUUUGAAUUUAGAAUAUUAAUAAGUUUUAGGAGAAGGUAAUAAAAAACCAAGUGGUAUAAAUCAUGAGAAAUCUGUUGAUUAUCAUCCAACAGUUAUGCAUGCAGAAUGCGAGACUUUAGGAUAAGGUUUAAAAUCAAGACCUUUUUGGUUUUUAGUAAUUAUGGUGUUAUGUUCAAUUAUAUUUGGUAUGCUUUUAGCCAAUUGUUAUAAAAUAUUUGGAUAAACCGUAUAAAUUAAUUAAAUAUAAUUAGCUUGGUAUUGAUGAUGCUAAAUUAACAAUACUUGGUUCAGUCUAAGCAGUAUGUAAUGGAGGUUCAAGAUUUGGAUGGGCAGUUUUGUCUGAUAAAAUUGGUUUUAAAAAAGUUUAUUUGAUAAUAGCAGUUAUCAAUUUAAUUUGUACUGCAUCUAUUGGUUAUAUUGAGAAUAGUUAUGCUGGUUAUUUCAUUAUUUUAUGUGUAACAAUGUGUUGUGAAGGAGGUUUGUUUUCUUGUUAUCCUGCAGUUAGUGCAAAGAUAUUUGGUCAUAAAGUAAUAUUUAUUUAAUUAUUAAUAUAGGUAGGACCUAUAAUAUAUGGUGGAUUAUUCUUUGUUAUUGGUUUAUCCAAUAUGUUAGGAUAUCUAUUGUAUAAAUUUGGAGAACCAGAAAUUGGUUUUGGUGGAGUAUUCUGGAUUGUUUUUGGAUUUUGUUGUGUUGCUUUCAUAUUGGGAGUGUUUUUCAAAGAAGAACAUGAUUGGAAAAAAAAAUGAAUAAAUUAUAAAAAUUACGGUA